CGGACGGCAGAAUGGAGGGAUCCGAGUGUCCGCCUGUGACCGUGGAGGGGGACUGGACUCCGACUCAGACCAAAGCCCUGAAGAACAAACUACAGCUUUACUUCCAGAGCAAGAAGAAGUCGGGCGGAGGAGACUGCCGGGUCGAGGCGGAGGAGGGAGCCCCGAGGGCGGCCGUUUACUUCAGCUCACCGGAGGAGAGAGAAAGAGUCCUCGCAAGGAAGAACCAUGAAAUCAUCCUGGACAGUAAAACCAUUAGGUUACAGCUGAGUUUAGAACCAAACUCAUCAAGAAGUGUUGAUGUUUCAGACUCAGAGUCUCCUCAGAGCACUGCAGUGGUGUUGGAAAACGUCACAGACAACAUGUCCACAGAGUUGUUGACCAUGCUGGUGGAGAUCAUCUCUGGGCUGGACGAGAACAGCUUCAGUCUGGAGAUCAUCAGAGAAUCCAACAGAGCUGUGAUCACCUUCAACAACUCUGCAGCGGUCGUCAAGAAGGCCCAACAGUGGCUGUACUUCCUGAGGGUCCUCAGGAAGUACAAGCUGAACUCCAACCUGCUGCUGACCUUCUACCGCUCGUCCAUUGAGAGCCUGCUAACCUACUGCAUCACAAGAUUCCUCACUGACAGUAAGACCAGCACAAAGUUUCAGAAACAUGGACUGAGCGCUCGGCCGCUGGAGGCAGCAACAAGCGUCCGAGUGGAGAGUUUUCCUCCAACUGUGGUUAAAGUUGUGGAAGAGAUUUGCAUAAAAAAAGACCUCAAGAUGAAGUCUAUAACUAUGAAGGUAUAUCCAUACUAUGAGUCACUGGGAACCGCCUUGUAUGGCAAAGAACGACCAACAUGGAAGAUGCCCGAGCCCUUCACAGAGCCUGUUCUCCACGUUAUCUGGAAAUUCCUUGUGGAGAAGAAACUAUCAGAACACAUCAAUGAUCAGAUGCGUCCACAUUUCUGCAGAAUGGAUUUGAAUGGCCCCGACGUUAAACUCAGCCCUUUGCCUGAGUUUUUGAGGCAGCAAGGUCUGACUGCAGAACAUGUAAAUAACUGGAUGAAUAAGGCCCAAGAGGCCUUCCGUUGCCUGAUGUCUCAGUACACAUCAUUUGAAUGUCAAGCAAAUGCACUGGGAUGGACAGCUGCAGAGAAAGAUGUCCGUUCAGUUGUGAAGGAAGAUGCCAUCCUGGUGCUGGAUACAUCCAAAGGGUUUCUGACUGUUGCUGGCCGAGCUGAUGAUAUAAAACGAAUCAGGGCUCCUGUGGAGAAGAUUCUUCUUAAAGCCAUGAGUCUCAUUGAACGACAGACAAACAGCAUCUCUGAGGAAAUGAUUUUGUCCCCCGCAAUCUUCUACGUCCUGAAGCAGGAAGGGCUCCAGAAAACUGCUCUGGACAUUUCUCCUGAGAUGAAACUCUCUUAUGAUGAAGGCACCCAGAAGUUAACCAUUACAGGACUUCCUGCAGAGGUCUUCAAGACUAAGGCGUGGAUCUUGGAGAGGAAUGUGAAUUUGAGUAAAAAAUACCAGAAUGUCCCCCCAUGUCUUCUAGACUUUCUCAGAACAUUGGAUCCCAUGGACAUGUCCCAGGAUCUGUUCGCAUCUCAAGGCAUCAAUGCAAUCUACACCAUUGACAACAAAGGACUUCUGCUGUUGGGAAAUUCUGACUUAAUCCUUGCUGAUGCAGAAAGUAAGAUGAUGGCUGCUUUGGCUCAUCAGAUUGUGAAUGUGGAAGAUCAGGAAGUUUUAAAACUUCCAAACUGGAUGGACCUGAAGCAACAACUGUUGGACACCUACAACCUAUCAAAGAAGAAAAGAACAGUGGCCAUUGAGAUCCAUCCAGAGAGAGGACGCAAAAUAACAGUGGCUGGUUUUGUUAAUCCAGUGAAAGAGGUCAGUCAUAGUCUGAGGGAGUUCAUUGAGAACUACUCACGAGUUCAAGAAUUUAUUGAUGUUCAAUCCAGUGCUGCUGUUAAGUUUAUUGAAGGGAAACAGACAGAGGAAUGGUCCAGUAUUGCCAAAGACAAUGAUGUGUCAGUAAAUUUUGAUGUAAAGCAUCCAAGAAUCAGCAUUGCAGGAGCUCGUCUUCAUGUCCAAAAAACCAAAUUCUGCUUUAUGGAACUGCUCAGUGAACUCUUCUCUUUUGAAUUUCAAGCAAAUGCACUGGGAUGGAAAGCUGCAGAAAAAGAUGUCCAUUCAGUUGUGAAGGAAGAUGCCAUCUUGGUGCUGGAUGCAUCCAAAGGGGUUCUGACUGUUGCUGGCCGAGCUGAUGAUAUAAAACGAAUCAGGGCUCCUGUAGAGAACAUUCUUCUUAAAGCCAUGAGUCACAUUGAACGACAGACAAACAGCAUCUCUGAGGAAAUGAUUUUGUCCCCUGCAUGGUUCUACAUCCUGAAGCAGGAAGGGCUCCACAAAGCUGCUCUGGACAUUUCUCCUGAGAUGAAACUCUCUUAUGAUGAAGGCACCCAGAAGUUAACCAUUACAGGACUCACUGCAGAGGUCUUCAAGACUAAGUCAUGGAUCUUGGAGAGGAAUGUGAAUAUGAGUAAAAAACAUCAGAAUGUGCCCCCAUGUCUUCUAGACUUUCUCAGAACAUUGGAUCCUGUCGAUUUGUCCCAGGAUCUGUUCACAUCUCAAGGCAUCAAUGCAACCUACACCAUUGAAAACAAAGGACUUCUGCUGUUGGGGAGUUCUGAAAGAGCCCUAGCUGAUGCAGAAAGUCAGAUGAUGGCUGCUUUGACCCACCAGAUUGUUGAUGUGGAAGUUCUAAAACUUCCUAACUGGAUGGAACUGAAGCAAAAGUUGCUGGACACCUACAACUUAUCAAAGAAGAAAAAGACUGUGGCCAUUGAGAUGCAUCCACAAAGAAGAGAUAAAAUAACAGUGGCUGGUUUUGUGGAUCCAGUGAAAGAGGUCAGUCAUAGUCUGAGGGAGUUGAGAAUUGAGAAUUACUCACGAGUUCAAGAAACCCUUCGUGUUCAAUCCUGUGCUGCUGUUCAGUUUAUUGAAAAGAAAAGAAUAGAGGAAUGGUCCAGUAUUGCCAAAAAUAAUAAUGUGUCAGUUAAUUUUUAUGUACAGAAGCAGAGCAUCAGCAUCCUUGGUGCUCGUCUUCAUGUCCAGAAAGCCAAAUCCUGCUUUAUGGAACUGGCCAGUGCUCUCUUCACUGACACCUUAACUGUGGACAAGCCCGGAGCAAAGAAAUACUUCCAAACCCAAGGAAGCAUUUUCCUGUCUACAAUAAUGAAUGAGUUAAGAUGUGUUAUUCUCCUUCGUCCAGAGAUUGAAGAUGAAGGAGAAGAAGAGAAUUAUGAAGAAGAAACUAAGCUUUGUUAUUGUAAAGUGCAGACCAUCAGUGGAGUUCUGAUUUCUGUCAGUAAGGUGGACAUCUGCAGCUUUGGUGUGGACGCUGUGGUCAAUGCAGCUAAUGAGGACUUAGACCACAUUGGUGGCCUGGCUUUGGCACUGCUAAAGGCUGCAGGACCACAGCUGCAGAGAGAAAGCAGCGACUACGUCGCUAAAAAUGGACGUCUACAUCCAGGUGACGCCAUCAUAACAGAUGCAUACAACCUGCCUUGCAAACAUGUUGUCCAUGCAGUUGGUCCACGAUUCUCUGACUUUGACAGGAAGACAGCAGUGUCACGCCUGAAGACUGCAGUUAGAGAAAGUCUGAGACAAGCAGAGAUGGCCAACUGCUCCAGCAUUGCACUGCCAGCGAUCAGCUCGGGCAUCUUUGGUUUCCCUGUUGACCUCUGUGCUGAGACCAUAGCCCAGGCAGUUCGGGAGUACUGUGACAGCCCACAAGGUCUGAGAUCAUUAACUGAGAUUCACCUGGUGGACAACAACGAUACGACCGUCAGAGUCAUGGCUACAGCUGUGAGCAAGGAGUUCUCAGACCUCGGACCUACCAUGACCAUCCCACAGCAAGCAGGCGGGAAACGAACAGGAGCUUCAGGGUGA